AUGAAGCGGCGGUGGGAGAUGCCCGACACACACUGGCAUGAGGGCAAGGCGAGUCGAUUUCCCCCCAACUUCGUGCCUCGAAAGAUGUGUACCUACAUGCAAAACAGCGGCUUUUGCCAGAAGGGGGACGUCUGCACCUUUGCCCACUCGCUGCAAGAGCUGGCCCCGGGCCCGCCGGGCCCUCCGGAGCUCCAAACCGCGAGCGAGGCGAUCGAGCUGGAGGAUCCGCACGAGAUCCAUAACUUGGUGGCCGGGGAAGAGCUUGGAGUGCCGGUUGCCACAGAACCAGCACAGGAACUUCUUGGCUCCGAUUGGCCAGGCUCUUUGGAGGCACCUCGAAUGUUCCAGGAUGAUAUUCGCCCAACGGCACUUUGCAAGAUGUGGAUCCAGCACCCGACCUACUGCAAACAUGGUGAUGGAUGUACGUUUGCGCAUGGUCUGGCAGAGAUGUCGGCAGAUGUGCAGUCGACCCUCGAGAGGAUUGCCUUCACAGGCUUGCUCGGAACGAAGUUUGCGGAGGCCGCUGUGGGCGGCGAUCCGCACGGGAAGGGCAAGGGCGGCAAGGGCGGCAAGGGCAACGCCCAGGCCGUGGCACUCUACAACAGUGCAGCCAACACGGCCAAAGGCGGACAAAGUGGACCCACCGCGAGCAAUAGCUACAGCGGACACGGUCAUUCUCAGACAUCUGCUCCAGUGUCUCGUUUCGAGGACUCGAACUUCAAGCCCAACAAGAUAUGCAGUUUUUGGUUGAAGGACCCAAGUGCAUGCAUGAAGGGGGACGCCUGCAGCUUCGCUCACGGAGUACUAGAGCUGCACCCAAAUUCUGUCGAGACCUGUGGGGUCAGUCGAUUCCUGCACUCUGGCUUCAAGCCUCGCGUCAUGUGCAAAAAUAUCCAAGCGGGAAAUUACUGCUUGAAAGGCUUGUGGUGCACUUUCGCCCAUAGCGCAGAAGAGAUGCUGUGA